GGACAGACAGACACACACACACAAGCUCCGGCGCCGGUCAUCCUCUCCACCCCGACCCUCCACCGCCACACACUUCCCAGAAAGAAAAGAAAAAUCGCGCCUUGCGCUCCGCCAUGGCCGCCGCCUCCCUCCUCGAGCCCGCCCGCUUCCUCUCCCCGCACCACCCGCGCUCGCUCCCGCCCCCGCCCCGCCGCGGCCCGCACCACCUCCGCCCCUCGCCCCUCCCCGCCCGCGCCCGCUUCCCGCGCCUCCGCGCCCACCAGGCAUCCCCCAUCCCCCCGUGCCCCGUCGCCGCCGAGCCGGCAGCAAGACCGCCACCCCACGCGCUUCUCGACGCGCUCAAGCGGUCCCUGCUCGACUCGCUGGCGGCGCUCAGGAAGCCCGCGCUGGCGCUCCUCCUGGCCGGCGCGCUGCUCGCGGCCGCGGCGCCCCACCACGCGGCGCUGGCGGCGUCCGGCGGCCGCGUCGGCGGGUCCGCCUUCUCCUCCCGCUCCUCGCGGUCCUCCCCGGCCCCGUCCUACGGGUACACCGCGCCGGCGCCCAGGAUGGGGGGCGGGUACUCCUCCGCGCCCUUCUACUCGCCCUCGCCCUUCGUGUCCGUCGGCCCCGCCUUCGGCAUCGGCUUCGGGGGCUCCGGCUUCCUCCUGACCCUCGUCGGCUUCGCCGCGUUCCUCUACCUCGGUGGCUUCCUCACCGACUCCUCCGGGGGCGGAAGCGUGCUCACCGACACGCAGAAGACCACCGUCCUCAAGCUGCAGGUUGGCUUACUAGGCAUGGCCCGAUCAUUUCAAAAGGAGCUUGAUCAAAUAGCCGAGAAAGCAGAUACGUCAACCCCAGCUGGGUUGAGCUUUGUACUAGCAGAGACAACAUUGGCAUUACUUCGGCAUCCAGAUUGCUGUAUCUCAGCUUAUUCAACAGUGGAUGUCAAACGAAGCAUGGAUGAUGGGGAGAAACGUUUCAAUCAACUGUCAAUUGAGGAACGAGGCAAGUUUGAUGAAGAGACACUCGUGAAUGUGAACAGUAUCAAGAGGCAAAAAGCAGGCACUCAAAGAUCAAGUGGUUUUAGCAACGAGUACAUUGUGAUUACCAUAUUGGUUGCUGCUGAGGGGGUGUACAAGCUACCUACUAUAAACAGCAGCAGUGACCUGAAGACAGCUCUACAAAUGCUUGGUGGCGUACCGUCAAGCAAAAUAAUGGCGGUCGAGGUCUUAUGGACACCACAGAAUGAGAACGACACAUUGUCGGAGCGGGAACUCCUGGAAGAUUACCCACUUUUGAGGCCCCUAUAGAAGGAUUUAAGAUGUAUACUGCCCUGCCCCUACAAAGGAUUUCAUUUUUGACAGUCCAGCUUAUUAACUAUAGCUCAGGUUUUGUGUUUGUAAAAAUAUAAUUGUAAAUGAAGUCGCUUCCUCGUAGCAGCUACAUGAAAGUUUGCUCAACGGAACAGCACAGCAUUCAAAAUCUGACAUAGUAUGGUAGUAUCAUCCAGUUUUUCUGAUGUGACUCAAGUUUGUAAGCAAGUUUCUUCUGCAUGAACAGAUUAGUCGUA